ACUCCCUUUUUUUUUGUUUUAUAAUGUCACAUUCUUUUUGGCGCUACAUUUUCCUCAAUUUCUUAAUCUAGGCCCAGCCACCAUUUCCCAACCGUAGAUUUCCCGCAGCUUCAACCAAUGGAGUAAAGAAGAAUCAUACUACUAUAGUAUUUUUUUAAUUCAUUACUUUAAUUUUGUCACUGCACGCACAAGAUUUAGGGUUUGUCAUUGCAAAUCACCAUCAAUUCGAUCUGCUGCGUCGUUUUGUUAAUUUGUCUCGCCUUUACCGCCAAUUCUCGCCGUUGGUUUCUAUGAGACGGACAGUAGCAUUUCUGCUGGAGAUACUAUCUGUGAAUCGACUUGUAGACUGGGAGUUCGAAUCAUAUUGGAAGUGGAUUUUGUGAGAGAUGCGUGCAUUUGUUAGUAGGAGCCGUGUUGGGUUUAUGGGGGCGUGGUUGGAGUGACGUUUGGCUUUUGAUGUGGAGUUCUGUAUUUUUAUUCAGCUUUCGAGGAUGAAGAGGUCGAAAGGUGAUUAUCCGAGCGGAAGAAGGUUCAAGUUCUCGUACGUUCUGUUGGCUGCAGCUGGGUUGUAUUUGAUCCUUAUUUUCUUCAAGUUUCCUGAUUUUUUGGAGAGUGCAGCUGUUUUGAGUGGGGAAGAAAGCGCUGGUGUUUUUGAUGGAUUUUCAAUGAUGGAUGAAAAGAAUGCGGAGAUUAGUAAAUCACGUGUCAGUUUUGAUGGGUUCCACAGAAUAUUACAUGAUAAUGAAAAUCAGGAUAAUCCCGUAAAGCCACAACAAGGGGAUAUACAAGCGGAAAGAGAUUGGAAAUCAGUAACAAAGUCUUCGCAGCAGCAGUAUGGUCGAAUAACUUCUGACAUAUUGAGGAAAAUGAAUAGGACCAAAAACUUAUCUGUGAUGGAAAGAAUGGCGGAUGAGGCUUGGGCUUUAGGAUUGAAGGCGUGGGAAGAGGCAAGCAAGUAUGACGAUAAGGAGAUUGACAUGAGUACUAUACUAGAAGGGAAGCCUGAGUCAUGCCCUUCUUGGGUUUCAAUGGAUGGAGAAGAAUUGGUCAAGAGAGAUUAUCUUAUGUUCCUUCCAUGUGGUCUCGCUGCAGGUUCAUCUAUCACAGUCAUUGGAACUCCACAUCAUGCUCACCAGGAGUAUGUACCACAACUUGCUAAAAGGAGGGUUGAUGAUGGAUUGGUUUUAGUGUCACAGUUCAUGGUUGAGCUUCAAGGCUUAAAGGCUGUGCAUGGGGAAGAUCCACCAAAGAUUUUGCAUUUGAAUCCUCGAUUAAGAGGUGACUGGAGCCAUCAUCAAGUAAUUGAGCACAACACGUGUUACAGGAUGCAGUGGGGAACAGGUCAGAGGUGUGAUGGCUUGCCUUCCAAGGGCGAUGAUGAUAUGCUGGUUGAUGGAUACUUGCGGUGUGAAAAAUGGAUGCGCAAUGAUAUCACCGAUACAAAAGAUACAAAAGAGUCCAAGAUAUUUUCGUGGUUUGAGCGCUUUAUAGGACGUGCCAAAAAACCAGAAGUAACCUGGCCAUUUCCCUUUAGGGAAGGACGAAUGUUUGUUCUGACCAUCCGUGCUGGAGUUGAUGGAUAUCAUAUAAAUGCAGGGGGGCGUCAUGUUACAUCAUUCCCAUACCGAAUGGGUUUUACACUGGAAGAUGCAACAGGGUUAGCAAUCAAGGGUAAUGUGGAUGUUCAUUCAGUAUAUGCCACCUCUUUGCCAACCUCUCAUCCAAGUUUCUCGCCCCAUAGAGUAUUAGAUUUCUCUGAGAAAUGGAAAUCCCAUUACACACCACAAGGUGGGGUUCAACUCUUUAUUGGGGUACUUUCAGCCACCAAUCAUUUUGCUGAGCGUAUGGCAGUAAGAAAGACAUGGAUGCAAUCUAUAUCAAUCAAGACGUCUAAAGUAGCUGUUCGAUUCUUUGUUGCCCUGAACACAAGGAGUGAGGUGAAUGCAGUUCUGAAGAAGGAGGCUGCUUACUUUGGUGAUAUAGAGAUCUUGCCAUUUAUGGACCGUUAUGAGCUAGUAGUUCUUAAAACUGUUGCCAUUUGUGAAUACGGGGUUCGAAAUGUAACGGCAGCAUAUAUUAUGAAAUGUGAUGAUGACACGUUUAUUAGGGUCGAGAGAAUUUUGAAAGACAUCGAAGGCAUGUCACCUAGAAGGCCGUUGUAUUUGGGAAAUUUGAACCUCUUGCACAGGCCUCUUAGGACAGGGAAGUGGGCCGUCUCUUAUGAGGAGUGGCCUGAGGAAAUCUAUCCACCUUAUGCCAAUGGACCCGGAUACAUAAUAUCAAGCGACAUCGCUAAUUACAUCAUCUCUCAAAGUGAAAAUCAUAGCCUACGGCUAUUUAAAAUGGAGGACGUUAGCAUGGGAAUGUGGGUCGAGCAAUUCAACAGCACGGAGCACGUUCAAUAUUCUCAUAACUGGAAAUAUUGUCAGUACGGUUGUAUGGAGAACUACCACACUGCACACUACCAAUCCCCUAGACAAAUGAUAUGUUUAUGGGACAAUCUGAUGAAAGGGCAUCCUCAUUGCUGUAAUGUUUGAGGUAAGCCGUAGAAUGCUAUCUCAUCUCUUCGUACAUGCCUCGUCAUUGCUGUAACUCUGCAGUCCAAGAUUUUUUCGAUGAGGGGUGGUGGCCUUAUGUUUGACAAUGUCACACUUCUACACAAGGCCUAGGCCAGUAGAAGUCAUAUCCCAUUACAGUAUCUGGUUGUUUUUAAGGAUUACCCUUAUUUUCACCGAUACCCUCGAACGAGCUGAGAGCUGUACAAGCUGUAUAGGAUUGUUGUACCGUGUCGUGACACAGACUAUCAGGUGUUUGUAGUAAUGUAAUGAAAGAGCACUGCCUCCAUGUCCAAAUUUUGUGGGAAAACACUGAUCUGGAAAACUUGCCUAUCA